ACUUCGUGCUUCAUAAUGGAGAACAUACUGUAUAACUAUCCGUAAAAACAGAUAGAUAUUAACAUGGCAUUUGAAACCCCUUUCCUACCUUUCUCUGUUUUUCCUUUCUUCCAUAGAAGCUUCCACUGCAAGAUCCAUUUCUACUUUCUAUCAAUCUAGAAGAUUCUGGAACAGCGGAGAGCAAUGAAAAUGAACCCUAGAGCUUGAUCAGUCGUUCAUCUUCUCCACAAAACCAACUCACUACCACGUCGAAUCAUUGAAUUCUCUAUCAAUUUUGAAGUCUUCAGGAAGUUAUGGCCGAUAAUUCCAAGGACGAUUUCUUCCAGCUCUUCAAGCGAUUUGGGGCUUUUCUCACCCUAAAAGUUUCUAAUCUCUUCCAAAACCUGGAUUCAAGAUCUGUAGGAGCUAUAGCAGGUCUUGCAUUUGCAAUAGUUUUUACAUGGAGAAUAUUGAGAUCGCCUAGUGGACCACAGAGGAGGCGUCCUAAGCGACAAGCUGUUACACCUGGUAGUUCUGAUGUAAACAGUCAUUUAAGUGCAAUUGUAGCAACUUCAGGAGUUAGCCCUUCUUCAGAGGAUUCAAGUACACAAAAUGUUAUUGAUGAGUUCUUUCAGCCAGUAAAGCCAACACUCGGGCAAAUAGUCAGGCAGAGGCUGAGUGAUGGGAGGAAGGUAACAUGUCGGUUGCUUGGAGUAAUCCUGGAGGAAACUAGCCCAGAGGAACUACAGAAACAAGCAACUAUCCGAUCCUCCGUGCUGGAAGUGUUGCUUGAAAUCACCAAAUUUUGUGACCUUUAUCUCAUGGAGAGAGUACUUGAUGAUGAAAGUGAAAAAAACGUCCUGGUGGCUUUAGAAGAUGCUGGAGUGUUAAGCAUGGUCAAAGACAAGGUUCUCUUUUGUAGCACUGAGAAUGGGCGAACAUCAUUUGUCCGACAACUGGAACCUGAUUGGCAUAUAGAUACAAAUCCGGAAAUCAUUUUUCAAUUGGCGAGAUUUAUCAAAUAUGAGCUGCACAUUUCACCUACCAAACCAGAAAGAGCAGCUAUGAAUGUCUUCAGCUCAACAUCUUUGGAGCAGUUUUUUGGAACUGUUUAGAUGCAAACCCGGAAGAGCUCUAACAUGUUUUCGUUUAUUUUAGCUUCAGUUUUGAGGUUCAAGGGGCACACUUUGUAUAUUACUAUGUUAUCACUAGAACAGAUCACCUCAUAUGGUUGUGCUGUAUUACUCUCCUAAGUCAAACCUGGCGCUGUACUGUAUCCAAGUACUUCUCCACAUGGUAGGCUCUAUUUAUCACAUGGUAAAGAAAAGUAUGACGAAACGGCUGUAAAUCAGAAUCUCUACGCGAGAAUGUCCUGAAAUGAGAGACGAGCAGUUAUUGCCUGAAUGGAAAUCUGUUGAGUAUAUAGUUUAUAUAAUCCCUUUUUUCGUGUGAAUUUCUCGUGUUAUCCAAAUAUACAUAUGAACGUCUGCCAUAUGUAUGUGUAUCUUGAUGAUUCUGCAGGUAUUUAGUAUUAAGCCAAAGGAAAACAAAUAAGGAAUAUAUGACCAUUGAAAGCAGUCGCCAGGCUAUGAGCCCCCCAAAACCUAGAGCGGAGUUGGUUCAGUAGUUGAUAUUCUAAAAGUCAAAACUGUGCAAUUUGUCAAUGUUAUUUGUUUAUGCUUUGUUA